AAGUGGGUAGCACGUUUAACAGAAGAUUGUUCGGUGUUCCAAGGCACAAGGUCUGGCGUGGAGCCCAGUAGCUCGUGGUGAUCUGGGGCCGGGCCAGGUCUGGUUCCCUGGGGGAUGGAUCUCGUGUGGAGUGCGUGGUGCGGAAAGUGCCUCAAAGACAACGGCCCGUCGCCUCUGUGGGCCCAGAGCAUUGUGGUGGCCUGGCUGAAUCGGGCAGAGUGGGAUCAGGUGACCGUUUAUCUGUUUUGCGACGACCAUAAGUUGCAGCGGUACGCGCUCAACCGCAUCACGGUGUGGAGGAGCAGGUUAGGAAACGAACUCCCCCUGGCAGUGGCUUCUACUGCUGACCUGGUACGCUGUAAGCUCAUGGAUGUAACUGGUGGCUUGGGCACUGAUGAACUUAGACUGCUGUAUGGCAUGGCGUUGAUCAGGUUUGUGAAUCUUAUUUCGGAGAGGAAGACAAAGGUUGCGGAGAAGAAGACAAAGGUUGCGGAGAAGAAGACAAAGGUUACCAAAGUUCCCCUCAAGUUCCUGGCUCAAGAGGUGAAUAUUCCAGAUUGGAUUGUUGAACUCCGCCAUGAAUUGACCCACAAGAAAAUGCCCCAUUUAAAUGACUGCCGUAGAGGUUGCUACUUUGUGCUGAAUUGGCUCCAGAAGACCUUUUGGUGCCGCCAACUGGAAAACAGCCUGAGAGAUACCUGGGAGUUGGAGAAUAGGGAAGAAACAGAUGAAGAGGACCAAGAGGAGAAUAAGAAUACUGUUGAUCAUGUGACAGAACAGAAAUCAGAGCCUAAGGAUGAGGAGAAAGGUGCACAGCCAGAUGUCAAGGCUGAUGGAGGCAGUGAAGGCAACAAAGAGGUUGAUUCACAGUGGGAAAAGGCUCUGAGACAUAAAGAGCUCUAUGAAAGAGCCCGGGAACUGUUGGUAUCAUACGAAGAGGAGCAAUUUAAGGUGCUGGAGAAAUGUAGGCAUUUAUCUCAUGCCAUUAAGGCAUGGAAUAACCUCUCCCCACCUAUAGAAUGCAUCCUGGCAGAACUCAAGGGCAUUACAUGGGAGAACAGGGAGGCUGUGCUGGAUGCAUUCCUGGAUGAUGGCUUUCUCAUUCCCACAUUUGAGCAGUUGGCAGCUUUGCAGAUAGACUAUGAAGAAAACAUGGAUUUGAAUGAUGUUCUGGUGCCAAAGCCGUUCUCUCAAUUCUGGCAGCCCCUACUCAGGGGCCUACACUCCCAGACCUUCACGCAGGCCCUGCUGGAGAGGAUGCUCUCUGAGCUGCCAGCCUUGGGGGACAGUGGAAUUCGACCCACCUACAUCCUGAGAUGGACCAUUGAACUGAUCGUGGCUAACACCAAGACUGGACGAAAUGCUCGCCGGUUUUCUGCAAGCCAAUGGGAAGUAAGAAGGAGCUGGAGGCUGUUCAAUUGUUCUGCGUCCCUUGACUGGCCCCGGGUGAUUGAGUCUUGUUUGGGCUCACCUUGCUGGGCCAGCCCCCAACUCCUUCAGCUUGUCUUCAAAGCCAUGGGACAGGUCCUGCCAGAUGAGGAGCAGGAGAAGUUGCUGUGCAUCUGUUCCAUUUAUACUCAGAGUGGAGAAAACAGUGUGGUACAGGAAGGCUCAAAGAUGACCCGUUAUGGGACUUCUCCUUACACACUGGAUAGCCUGUACUGGAGCAUUAAACCAGCUGGCUCCAGCUCUGGACUUUCAGGAGAAGCACAACAGCAGAAGGAACAGGGCAAUAUUAGUGACAUCAAGGAAGAUGAGGAGGAUAAAGAGGUCUUAGAAGAUCCGGUUGAGGAGGAAGACGAAAAUGUUGCCCAGAAGAAAUGGGAGGAGGAGGAAGAGGAGGAGGAAGAAGAGGAGGAGGAGGAGGAGGAGGAGGAGGAAGAGGAGGAGGAGGAAGAGGAGGAGGAGGAGGAGGAGGAGGAGGAGGAAUAUGAAGAAGAUGAAGAUGAGGAAGAUGAAGAUGAGGAAGGUGAAGAUGAAGAGAGAAUGGAUGUAGUGCCUUUUUCAAUUGGGGAGGAGUCUCCAACUGUUGAGAAUGCCAGGCUCCUAGCCCAGAAAAGAGGAAUUUUGCAGGGCUCUACAUGGCAAGUUAGUUCAGAAGAUGUGCGAUGGGACACAUUCCCAUUAGGCCGAAUUCCUGGUCAGACUGAGGACCCAGCAGAGUUGAUGCUAGAGAAUUAUGACACCAUGUAUCUGUUGGAUCAGCCUGUGCUAGAGCAGCGACUGGAACCCCCAAAGUGCAAGACUGGUACCCUGGGCUUGAGCUGUGGCAUUAGCAGUGGCAACUGCAGCAAUGGCAGUGACAGCAGCAGUAAGUUGGAGGGCCUUCUUUGGAGCCAGGAACAGCUGCAUGGGCUCAAAAUGGGCCUGCAGCUCUUCUGAUGCCUGCCCUGUUGCAAGUGUUCAUCCAGCUCUGCUGGAGCAGCAACCUCUCCCACUCCUAACCCCAGUGUACCUGAGGCUCCAUGAAACAACCUGGGAGACAGCCUUCAUCACUCACCUAAGCUCAGCUUUCUAUCACAAUGGAAUUAUGACUAUAUUUGGGGCUUUUUAAAAUUUUAUUUUGAAAAACAAUAAACAGAUCAAUAUUG